UAGCUAGCUCGUGUCUGUCCCAGUUAAGCAAAGCAAGCAAGCUACUGAUCGAGCUAGCAGCUGGCUAGUCUGCUAGUGGUCCUGGAUCAGUUACCUAUUAAUUAGCUGCUAUAAAUCUGGCCAUGGCGACUUCGUUCCGGACAUGGCAUUGCUUGAUGCUCGCCUUGCUCCUGCUCGCUCCGGCGGCGAACGGGCAGCUCUCGCCGUCGUUCUACGCGAGGAGCUGCCCCACGCUGGGGCUCAUCGUGCGCGCCACCAUGAUCAGGGCCCUCCUCGCCGAGCGCCGCAUGGGCGCCUCCCUCAUAAGGCUCUUCUUCCACGACUGCUUCGUCCAGGGCUGCGACGGCUCGAUUCUUCUUGACGACGUGGGCAGCUUCGUCGGCGAGAAGGGCGCCGGCCCCAACGUCAACUCCGUCCGCGGCUACGAGGUCAUCGACCAGAUCAAGGCCAGCGUCGAGGCCGUCUGCCCCGGCGUCGUCUCCUGCGCCGACAUCGUCGCCCUCGCCGCGCGGGACAGCACCUUCCUGCUCGGAGGACCGACUUGGGCGGUGCCGCUCGGCCGGCGCGACUCGACGACGGCGAGCCAGAGCCUGGCGAACAGCGACCUCCCGUCGCCGGCUUCCGACCUCGCCACCCUCAUCUCGGCGUUCGGCAACAAGGGCCUGAGCCCGCGAGACCUGACGGCGCUCUCCGGCGCGCACACCAUCGGCUUCUCGCAGUGCCAGAACUUCCGCGACCGCAUCUACAACGACACCAACAUCGACGCGGCGUUCGCGGCGCUGCGCCGGCGCACCUGCCCCGCCGCGCAGGGCUCCGGCGACGCCAACCUGGCGCCGCUCGACGCGCAGACGCAGCUGCUCUUCGACAACGCCUACUACCGCAACCUCGUGGCCCAGCGCGGCCUGCUGCACUCGGACCAGGUGCUCUUCAACGGCGGCUCGCAGGACGCGCUGGUGCGGCAGUACAGCGCCAACCCGGCGCUCUUCGCCUCCGACUUCGCCGCCGCCAUGGUAAAGAUGGGGAACAUCAGCCCGCUCACCGGAACCGCCGGCCAGAUCAGGGCCAACUGCAGGGUGGUCAACAGCAGCUGAUUCAAUUGAUGUUAUUACUACGUAGAACUAUUGGAUGUGUAAUUAAGAUGCACAAGAACGACACCGCUAUAGAUAUGAUCGAUACUGUUUGGUACUUCGGUUGGCUACAAAGGUAACCAGCCGUUGAAAGGGAGAAUAAACACUUCACAAAUAAGUCGUCUGUAAGGCUAAAAAAAGUGAGUGAUUAAUCAAGCUCUCGGAUCAUUGUAUUACGGAAUAUAAUACUAGAUUCCAAAUUCUGUGACUGAUGCA